AUGGGGCAGACAUUCACCUGGGUUUUCUCCAAGAAGGAAGUGAGCAUUCUAAUGGUUGGUCUUGAUGCUGCUAGUAAGACCACCAUCCUGAACAAGCUUAAGCUUGGAGAGAUCUUAACUACCUCUCGUACCAUGGGAUUUAAAGUUGAGGCUUUUGAGAACAACAACAUCAACUUCACUAUUUGGGAUUUCGGUGGUGAUGACAAGAUCCGUCCAUUGUGGAGGCACUACUUCCAAAACACCCAGGGAAUCAUAUUUGUGGUUGACAGCAAUGACAGGGAUCGUAUUGUGGAGGUAAGGGAUGAACUGCACAAGAUGUUGAAUGAGGAUGAGCUUCGAGAUGCUCCAUUACCUGUAUUUGCCAACAAACAAGAUCUCCCCCAUGCAAUGAUUGUUGUUGAAAUAAUAGACAAGCUUGGCUUGCACUCGCUGAGGAAGUAUCACUGGUAA